CGACAACUUUGCUCGAAACCUCAAUCGCAACGUCAACAUGGCGGAUCCCCUGUCAAUUAUUGGAACAGCGGGAGCUAUUGCGAAUAUUAUCGACGUACUCACCAAAACGAUCACAACGGUAUGUGACAUGCGACAAGCCUGGAAAGUCGCCGACCUCAGCGUAUUUGCGUUGGAAAGCCAGCUCAAUCUCCUCAAAUUUGCACUUUGUGAAAUUCAGAAAUGGACCGAGUCCAGAUCCAACGAACAAUCGCAUCAAUUGGUGAUGCAAGUGGAUAGCUGCGUAAAGUGCUGUCGGCUUCUCAUUGGCAAGAUUGAUGGCGAAGUGUCGCAGUUUCAGAAAACGGUAGCCGGAGAUCUUGAGCUUGGUUCCAAGCUUUCUUUUCUGUUCAAGACGAAAGACAUGGAGCAGAUUCAGCGGAUGGUGGAUCAACAGACACAUACACUAACACUUUUGUUAAGUGCAUGCAACUCAAAUGCCUUGGAAGAGCAAAAUAGAAUCUUACAGCAGCCUAAGAUCAUACAGGCUCUGCAGGACAUGGAUCGAGACACUGCGUCUCUUAUUGUUCAUCAAGACUCAGACUCCAUAAUCACCGCUACAUCCGUAAGUUCUUCGAGACGGUCGGUUCAGUUCGCGUUUGAUCGGGAGCUUUUUAUUACCAAAGUAUACGAAAAAUGGAUUCGGAAGCUUGCAACGACACGGAGGACCAAUAGUCACAAUAGUCACGGCCCAGAAGAUAGCACUCAACAAGACCAUCAACAAAUUUCAAACAACGAGAUUGUCUUCACGAGUGCAUAUACCGAUGAGGAGCAGAAUUCCUUUACACAUACGCAAACUGCUAAAUCAGAACCAUCUCGGCCAUCGUCAUACUUUGGAGAACGGAUGAAUUCUUUAACACGUACCGCCCUGGGUAUAGAGCUGCAACCUUUGAAACGUGACCGAACUACGAGCGACUUGAGGCUUCAAACUAAGGAGUCCCGACGUAUUGACCAGAGCUUGAAAGAUGACUCCAAAUUGACCCAAGGAGAGGUCAAAGUAGCCAUCCUCGGCUCAAAGACUAGGAAGCGAGUCUUCGAAGAGAUGAGGUUAUCAGCCGGCCACCCGCAAUGCUACACAGUUUCACAGCUAUGCAUAUUUCGUCCCGUAAUCCUUGGGGCAGUUUUUGAAAGUGUUCAGUAUUUAGCAAAGAAGCUAUUGGUCGACGAGGCCAUCAGAGAAGAUCCGUUGCGGGCGAGCUUGGAGGACGUGCUGCUCGGCGACAAAGAAGAAUUGGAUCUUGAGAAUGGGUUUGAACCGUGGGUUGUCCAAAUAUUCCGCACAAUAAUGGAGCAUCCGGCGGCGAAGGCCUUGUUGGCGGACGAAACCUUCGUGCUUCCAGAGAAUGUUGACUACCUUUUAAACCAAAUCGAAAGGAUCGUGCAAGAUGAUUAUAUCCCGACAGACUUAGAUGCUAUAAGUUGUACAACACCACUGCCCGGCUGCGUGGAGGCUGCGUUCAACAUGGGCCAGCUCACUAUGCGAUUGACAGAUCCUGGCAACGCGACAGUCAGCCGGACAAAACUAUUUUCUCAACUCGAGACGGCAACAGCCGUCAUAUAUGUUUUCGAUCUAAGCAGCUCAUUUAGCGAAGCCUUGAUUCAGUAUGAAGCAACCGUCAAUUCACAUUGGCUAAAUUCAAGUAUCAUUGUCAUCUUCAACAAUCUCAAAGGAUUCGCCAAGAGACUCGCAGAAGCGCCACUUAGCGAUGGAUUCCCAGAUUAUGCAGGAAGAGAUGAUAAAAUAGGUGCAAUGAAUUAUAUCCUCUCCAGGAUCAAGCCUUUGACCCAGCCUGAUCUCCAGUUCUAUGCCCAUUUCACAAAUGGCGUGUAUGAUGAUGGGGACUUGUUGAAGAUAUGGCGAUACAUCCAGGAUGGUAUCGUCGACCGUGCGUUGAAAUCUCUCUUGCCGAGAUAA